UGUACGUAUUAAUAAAGAAGAGUGCUUUAAAACUGCUUAUCUGCACAAAUAUCUAAAGCAGGCAGCGAGUACAUAAAACUAAAGAAAAAGCUGCCAGCUACUACGUAUCUCCCCUUCCCUGUGAAUGGACAGCUCUUGGAAAGCAGGCGAAUCUGUCUUCCUUCUCCUCCUUUUCCCCCUCCUACUCGGCGGCCGCCUCCUCCCACCAGCGGGGAGCCGAGUAGAACUUCUCUCGGCGCGGUGGGUUUUAUUUCUCGUCACGCCGUGCGUGUGAGUCGUUACUGCCACUCAGAUGCGAUUUGAUUACUUUUUUCAAGCAGAAAACUUUCACUGAAACACAACCAUGGUUGUUCGUGUGCUGUUUCGUGCUGUCAUCAUGGGACCCCCAGGCUCGGGGAAGGGUACGGUGUCGGACCGGAUCGUGAAAAGUUUUGGUUUAAAACAUCUGUCCAGCGGAGACGUCCUGCGGGCAAAUAUGAAGUCCCAGUCAGAAAUUGGCCUUCUAGUUAAGUCUUACAUUGACCAAGGUCAGCUUGUCCCUGAUGAUGUUAUCUCCAGGCUUAUCCUUGGUGAUCUGAAACAUCUAGAGAACUGCAGCUGGCUACUUGAUGGUUUUCCUCGAACAGUAACACAAGCAGAGUCCCUACAUAAAGCCUAUCACAUUGAUACUGUGAUAAACUUGGAUGUGCCUUUUGAAACCAUUAAAGAGCGCCUUACUUCACGGUGGGUGCAUCCAGCAAGCGGACGUGUCUACAAUACCAACUUCAACCCCCCCAAAAUACCUGGUUUAGAUAAUAUUACUGGAGAACCCCUAGUACAGAGGAAUGAUGAUAAACCAGAAACUGUCACAAAGAGGUUGAAGGCCUAUGAAACGCAGACUAAGCCAGUACUUGAAUAUUACAGAAAAAAAGGGAUACUGGAGACAUUCACAGGGACAGAAACUAACCGGAUUUGGCCACAGGUUCAUGCAUUUCUAUGCAGCAGAAUCCCUGAUGACCCAAAGGCAGCGGCUGGCAAAGUUUGAAAUCUUGAGUGAUAUUUUAGAGUCAGCCCAGAUUACUACAUGAAGUGACCACUGCCUGCCACUACAAUCAAGAGGAAAUGAUCACAUUCCAUAGAGGAUUCUACCACUGUACUAAAAUGGGGCCAAGAAAACUCGCUUCUUUACAUCAGCACUGCACUGACAUUUUGUACUCAACAAAGAGUACUCUUGAUGUAAAGGACAGCUCUGCUUCUUAAUAUUCCAUUUGCUGUUUUUUUAACAUUUUAAAUCAUUCAGCAUUUUAAUUUGAUCAUGAGGAACUAUGCGCUCUUAUACUGUAUGUGCAUUAGCUUUUUCUUGCCUUGUAGUGUACAUUUGCAAGGCAGUGUACACAAACUGUAUUUUUUUUCUUCCUAGCACACAGCUACAAUGUAGUUUAAUAGUAAUCUGAUAAAACGUGAAUAAUCUGUGCCCUAGCUAAGCAGAAAGUAACAUUUUUAAUCACACUGAUGUUUGAGAACAUAACUGAAAAUUAUUAAGGGAACAGAAAAAUGAUUUGUGAAAAUAUUUUUUUAAUUGCUGUCUGUAUAGAGCUGAAGGUGCAAGGAGGAUGUGAAUUUUAAAAGGUAUAUAGCAUUAUUUUGAAUUUUUUAAAAUUGAACUAUAUUUUUUUAAUUAAAUAGUCUCAUCAGUUGUAGUUUCGCUUAUGGUAGGUAAUAUUUUACCCUCCUCUGCUGCCCCAGAUAAUAAUGUUCAAUGCUAGCAAAACCUUUGGUCUGAAAACCACUUUAUUAUAAGUUGUUUAGCAUUUACAUGGGACACAAAAGUAACUUGACUGGUGCGGAGUAGCUGUGAUUUCAGCGAAUUUCUGAAAUAGUUAGCUUAUAGCAGACAGGCUGCUGUAAAUUUUUGGCCAGUUAAUAUGUGAUGCUGCUUCUGCUUUUGUUUUUUUUAAAAAGUGGUUUAGCAUCUUAAGAAUGUAAUAUUCCUAAACAGUAUAUUCUGAACUGAUCAGACAUUUUGUGUUGCAGGAGUUUAAACAAUGCUGUAUUUUCCUUGUGUCUUAUUUGCUCAUUUAGUAUGCUGAUACUUUCACCACUAUCAUGUACAAGAACAGUUUAGGGGAACAGAGGGUCUAUAUCACUUGCCUGUGGAAUUGAAAGGAUGUGUUGAACAAAUAAUCAGUUAUCUUAGCAAAUAA